UGGAAGAAGCAAACUGGGUCUCUCGAAGAAAGAAAACAGGAAGAAGAUAAGCUUUACCAAUUGAAUUACAGUGAGGUGGGAUGACUGGAUCUUCAGCUUUUUAUUUUUUAAAGCUACGUGGAGUGAAUGCAUGUGGUUCGAGACAUGUUCCAAGGAUAUGAGAAACUGUCGUGUGAGGUAGUAAAUUAUUCCAAGUCCUCUAUGUCGUUCAGUUUGAAUGUGAGUGAACCAGAUAAACAAAUGUGUUGCCAGAUUUUGGGUAUUCCUAGAGAGGGAGGUCAGUCGAAGUAUCUGGGACUGCCGGCGUUGGUUGGAAAAAAUAAAAUGAUCAUUCUCGGUUAUCUUCGGGACCGAAUACAUUCUAGACUUAAAAGUUGGAAUGAUAGAUUUGUAUCUAGAGUUGGCACAACGGUGUUAUUGAAAAAUGUUGUUCAGACGAUGCCAAGCUAUGCUAUGAAUGUUUUUUUAUUACCAAAAGAACUUUGUGAUGAUAUAGAAAAAGUAAUGAACGAGUUCUUGUGGAGGGGUUCCAAGUUCGAUAAAAAAGGACUGAGAUGGAGAAGCUGGAAAGGGCUAUGUAUGCCGAAAGAGGUGGGUGGCUUAGGCUUCAGAAGACUGAGAGAAUUUAAUUUGGCUAUGCUGGGCAAACAGGGCUGGCGAUUAAUCACAGAUGAGAGUUGUCUCAUGAGUCGGGUUCUGAAGGCAAGGUACUUUCCUAAUACGAAUUUUCUUAAUGCAAAGCUGGGUAAUAAUCCUUCUUUUAUCUGGAGAAGCAUAUUUGAGACUCAGGAGCUGCAAAAAAAUAAUACUCGAAGGCGUGUUGGGAACGGUGUAGAUGUACAAGUAUGGGCAGAUGCAUGGCUGCCAGGGCAGGGAUCAGGAAAAAUUUCUUCCAUUCGACGCAGGAGUGUGAGAGACAUGAAUGUAGCGGCACUUCAUGAUAUUACAGGGAAGAAGUGGAAUGUGGACAAGAUCUGCUCUCUGUUUAAUGAGGAGGACAAAAAAUUGAUUCUUAGUAUUCCGAUCAGUGCACAGGACAGAAAGGAUGGAUAUUGGUGGAAGGGAGAAACUAAUGGUCUGUAUUCUGUUAAAAGUAGGUACCGGCUACUAAUGGGCGAGUUCCAAGCGGAUGGAUGGAAAUGAUGGAAGAAUUUGUGGGAUAUUAAGGUUCCACCGAAAUUUAAAUUUUUUGUUUGGCAGGUUUUGGAUGGAACACUCCCGGUGGUUGAUAAUUUGAGGAGGAAAGGAGUGUACAUUCAAGGCGGGUGCAAGCUGUGUAACGCACCCGAUGAAUCACUAGAUCAUGCGAUGAGAUCGUGUGCAAGAGUCCAAGUAGUGUGGCAGGCAGCUGGGAAGUACAUGGACUUCGAGCUAACCACUACGGAAGCCUGGAUAAGGAAGCGGCUUGAUAGUUUGGGCGAGGAAGAAAGAGGUAGUUUCAUGGCUAUACUUUGGAGUAUUUGGAAAUGGAGGAAUACAGUAGUUUGGGAACGGAGGAAUACUGCUAGUGUUUUAAAUGCGGCUACUGGAAUGUUGACUAGUUGGAAGGAAGUCCAAGUCACUGAGGAAGGGAGGAUACAUUUGGCCGGAGACCGUGGAAAUAAAUGGAAGAAACCGGGGUCGGAGAUUUUAUUAAAAUAAAUGUGAUUGGCGUUGUCGACUAGGAAGGGAGUAAAAGAGCCUAGGGAUGGAUAGCUAUAGACGAGUAUGGUGAUUUUAUUAGAGGCUCGGGCACUACACAUUCGGCCAGCUGGACGGUCCCGGAAACAGAAGCUAUGGGGGCACGUGUGCGUUAUCGGCAGCAUUGGAGAUGGGCUGGCAGCAGGUGGAGAUUGAAUCAGAUGCUCUAUCGUUUGUGAAAGGAAUUAAAAAAGGAGAGGGAUCCUCUUAUCUGCAUCUUAUUCUUGAUGAUAUUAGGAAAAUUCUUGAAACAAAGAGCAAUUUUUUUGUCUCUUUUUGUAGGCGGUCUGCGAAUCGUGCGACUCAUGCUUUGGCAAGGGCACGUGUUGUUCUCUCAGAUCAGAGGAUUAAUUAUAAU